GCCAAGCAGUGUGGAGGGGACCAGCAGGGCCAACUCCAGGGAUUCAUUCCACAGGAGAAAACCACACAGACGCACUCCAGCCAACAUGAUGGUACUGAAAGUAGAGGAGCUGGUCACAGGGAAGAAGAGCAGCAACGGGGAAACAGGGGAAUUCCUUCCCGAUGAUUUCAGAGAUGGACAGUAUGAAGCUGCUGUCACUUCAGAGAAGCAAGAGGAUCUAAAGACACUCCCGGCCCACCACGUGAGCCUGGCAGAGCAACAGUGGGAAAGGGAGAAACAGCGAGAGGCAGAGCUUAAAAAGAAAAAACUAGAACAAAGAUCAAAGCUUGAAAAUUUAGAAGACCUUGAAAUAAUCAUUCAACUGAAGAAAAGGAAAAAAUACAGGAAGACUAAAGUUCCUGUUGCAAAGGAACCGGAACCUGAAAUCAUUACCGAACCUGUGGAUGUGCCUAGAUUUCUAAAGGCUGCUCUGGAAAAUAAACUGGCAGUAGUAGAAAAGUUCUUGUCAGACCAGAACAAUCCAGAUGUCUGUGAUGAGUAUAAACGAACAGCUCUUCAUAGAGCAUGCUUGGAAGGGCAUUUGGCAAUUGUGGAGAAGCUAAUGGAAGCUGGAGCCCAGAUCGAAUUCCGUGAUAUGCUUGAAUCCACAGCCAUCCACUGGGCAUGCCGUGGAGGAAACCUGGAGGUUUUAAAAUUGUUGCUGAACAAAGGUGCAAAAAUCAGCGCUCGAGAUAAGUUGCUCAGCACGGCGCUGCACGUGGCGGUGAGGACCGGCCACUACGAGUGCGCGGAGCACCUCAUCGCCUGUGAAGCAGACCUGAACGCCAAAGACCGAGAAGGAGAUACGCCCCUGCAUGAUGCUGUGAGACUGAAUCGCUAUAAGAUGAUAAGGCUCCUGAUUAUGUACGGUGCCGACCUCACCAUCAAGAACAGCGCCGGGAAGACCCCAAUGGAUCUGGUGCUAAACUGGCAAAAUGGAACCAAAGCAAUAUUCGACAGCCUCAAGGAUAACUCCUACAAAACCUCUCGCAUAGCUACGUUCUAAGGAAAUGAAAUUCUUUCGUCAGCAACUGCUCACUGGCAUUUUGAAGGCAUGGCCCAAAACAAGAGCAACGAGCCAGCGCCCAGUGUCUGUCAACUUGCUGUGAAGCUGUAAUCAUCAAAGAUUCAAGAAAGCACAGGGUUAUGGGUGUUAAAGUUUCCUUUAGCAAAUCUCACUCUAUUUAAUUUAUUCCAGUUUAUUUAUAUAUUUCUUUGAUGAUAUUGAUAUACAGACCUUCGUGAUAAUCCACUUGGUAAACAAAGCUUAAUUUGUAUACAACACUUUCAGAGCCUUCCAUAGGUAGUUCUUAAACCAUGUGACUGAGCAAUGCUCAGAGCACCUAAGUAGAUGUCAUCUGUCGUCUAAGACAUUUCAAGGUGUUUUCAAAAGACAGGGGCGGCUGUUGCAGCCCUCUUUUCUUCUGAUUUUUAAUACUGAAGAUUGAAUGAAGCAAUGAAAGGCAUGUAGUGACAGGAAGGGAAUGAGACAAUGAAAGCGAUUCUGUGAGAAGGAUGGGAAAGCCAACCAUUUUCCCCGGAGGCCUGAUUUUGUUUUGCUUUGUUACCAAAUCACACAGAGUUCCAAGGUGAAGUGUAAGUGCAGGGUAGGGGAAGGUGUGGCCUACGGGGCCAACAGGACUGAAUUUGCUCAAAAAAGAUGAAAGGCAAUGAAAAGUGUAAAUGUGUAAAUGUAUAUUGUGUUGUAUCUAUAUUUUAUAUUCAUAAUAAAAGCAAACAAACACUAA